AUAGGAAAUAUUAGGGUGUGUUGCCGGAUAAGGCCAUUUCUACCAGGGCAAAAAAGGAAACAUUCGAUUUUUGAGUACAUUGGAGACAAUGGUGACCUAAUAGUUUCGGAUCCAUUCAAACGAGGCAAAGAAGGAUUCCGCUCCUUCAAAUUCGAUAAAGUCUAUAGCCCAGAAGCAACACAAGCUGAAGUGUUUUCAGACACACAACCAUUAGUACAAUCCGUUUUGGAUGGAUACAACGUAUGUAUAUUUGCGUAUGGUCAGACUGGUUCAGGGAAAACCUACACCAUGGUAAGUGGUCCUGAUGGAGCAACAGAAGAAGAAUGGGGGGUUAAUUUUCGGGCUUUAAACAAUUUUUUCCGUAUUUCACAGAGUAGGGAGAGCAACUUUACAUAUGAAAUUUCCGUCCAGAUAGUGGAAAUAUAUAACGAACAAAUUGGUUAUUACAUACAUGUUGCAUCAAAAAUACUUGUUAUCCCUGACUUGCACACACUCGGGAUUUUGUCAACGUCGCAACCCAAUGGUUUGGCAGUGCCAGAUGCUAGCAUUCAUGUGGUAAAAUCAACCUCAGCUGUUUUGGAACUUAUGGAUAUUGGACUAAAUAAUAGAGCCAAAAGUUCGACUGCCAUGAAUGAAAGAAGUAGUAGAUCACACAGUAUUGUGUCAAUUCAUGCGCGGGGGCUGGAUCUAAAGAGUGGUUCUUCUCUACGAGGCAGUCUUCAUUUAGUAGAUCUUGCUGGAAGUGAAAGAAUUGACCGUUCGGAAGUAACUGGAGACAGACUUAAAGAGGCACAGCAUAUAAACAAAUCAUUAUCCGCACUUGGUGAUGUCAUCUUUGCUUUGGCACAAAAGAAUUCUCACGUUCCUUAUCGUAACAGCAAGCUCACUCAAGUCCUACAGAGCUCCUUAGAUGGUCAGGCAAAGAUAGUUAUGUUUGUGCAGCUGAAUCCAGAUGCUAGUUCGUAUAAUGAAACCUUACAUACACUAAAGUUUGCUGAAAGGGUAUCUAGUACUGUUGAGUUGGCAAAGAUGUUCGUGAGUUGAUGGAACAGGUAACACAACAUUAUACCAUUUUUUUUUGUUCGCCAUCUUCUUCUACUUCUUUUUCUUCUUACUCAUGACGGAGGCGGUGAUUGAUUUCUUGAUUUUGGUGGAUUUGGGAUAAUCUUCGUUAGGCUUGAUGUCCAUGCCGGAAUUUUUGACUUUCUUGAGGAAGUAGGUGUUUCAAUGAUUCUUGUUCUCAUUUUCCAUGCAACCUGGCAUUUUACCGGUGAUCACUGACCAUCGAUUGCCCAAAAACCUAUACAACCGUUACAAUUGAACCCUGUUCAUCUUCACUUAUACUGUGUGGAGGUGGUGUAAUGAAUUUGAAGGGUGUUUCAGACAUUUACCCUCCAAACAUAUAGUAUUCCUACGAAUCAACUCAAGAAAACAUUGGAUUUUUUAUUACUAGUAAUUUGACCCGUACGAUGCAUGGGUCUGAAUAGAAUUAUUGCAAAAUCAAUAUCAAUUCAAAUCAUAAAAUUGAGAUUUUAGAAUUAAAAAAAAAAAAAAAAAAACCUCCAUCUACAGAUGUUUGGUCUUCAAAAUAAAAACUAGACGAAACAUCUCUUGUUCUUACUGUUUUUUUCAUAAAAUUAACAUUUGGGCACGAAAUUGUAAUACGUCUAUGGGGAUUGCCAUUAAUGCAACAAUGAUAUAUUUCUCAAAUAUCACUCGAUAAGGAAAAAAAUCUUUAGUGGUCGGCAAAAUAUACAUUGGCAGCGUCAAUAUGAGCAUCACUAAUAAGAAGGUAAAUUCAUCAUCGAGCAAUGGUCACGAAAGACCCAUCUCCUGUUACGAAAACAAUAUAUACAUUCCGUGAAUAUCACCAGGGAUCCCUUAGGUCUCUCAGAGACAACAAAACGGAGUAUUGAUAUCAAAAGAAUAUAUACUCGUAGAUGCUCGUAGUAGGUAUUAUUAUAGGUUUGAAAAGUGGGAAAAAUAUAAAUAGUAUAUUUCUAUUGGAAAAAUUGUUAAGAAAAAUAAGAAUUUCCAAGUGAAAAUUCUCAAACAAACACAAUCUGAGUUUUAUGUAUAGUAUAAAACUGUACAUUGAUUUUGGAAAAAGAAACAAACAUGACCUAAAUUACCUCAAUAACCGCGUCACUUCUCAAUUUAACAUUAAUUUUCUCACGAUUAGGCCUAAUUCUUGUAGAUGUAAUUUAUUCUACAAACACUUGGUGUAAUAGGAUUUACUCUCCAAAUAUCACAAUUACGAGAAGUAGGAUUAUUACAUGUUCUUCAUGAAUGAAAAUAUGUGUAUAGCAUUUUAUAAUAAUGUAUUAAUAGUAGCUUAGUUUAGAGCAUUUAUGACCGGUUUCACUAUCUUUUCGCCAAAUCCCAUUUUUUGUGGUGAAAAAAUGGGUACAUCUCCUAUCGGUAGCACACCAUUUUACCCUUUCACCAUUUUUUGUGGAAAAAUGGUGUUUUUGGUCUCCAAUGAAUUUCACCGAAAUUUAGAUCAAAUAUUAAAAUAAUAAUAUUUCACCAUUUCACUACUUAUAGGAAAUGGAUUAGGUUUGGUCUCCCCCAUAACAUUUCACUAUAUAUGCCCCAAAACUGUAAAUUUAAUAUUUAUCGUAAUUUUAGUA